CACAGGCCGCCCCCACCCGCCGGGCUGCUCCUCCCCGCACGUCCCGCCCCUCCCCUCCCUUCUCGGCCGUCGGCCCCCGCCCCGGGUUUCCUGCUACUGGCGGAGGCCGAGGGAGAAGGUGGCGGUGGAGGCGGUGGACCGAGAGAAAGUGCCGAGGAACCGGAGAAGAGAGGCGGCUGCUGCCCUCCCCCCGCCCCCGGAGUGAGUCCAGCGCCGCCGCCUCCACCACCUCCUCCUUCAGCGUCUCUGCCCCCUUCCCUCCCCCCGGCCACCUACCUCCCCCAGCAGCCGGGACAAUAGAGCAGGGAGAUGUCCUCCUCCGGCGGCCACCAGCACAGCCAGAGCCGGGCCAUCCCCACCAGGACGGUGCCCAUCAGCGACGCCACGCAGCUACCUCAUGACUAUUGCACCACGCCCGGGGGGACCCUGUUUUCUACCACUCCUGGAGGUACCCGAAUCAUCUACGACCGUAAGUUUCUGUUAGAUCGCCGCAAUUCCCCCAUGGCUCAGACCCCACCAUGCCAUCUCCCAAAUAUUCCAGGAGUCACCAGUCCUGGUACCAUGGUCGAGGAUUCCAAAGUGGAAAUAAACAAUCUGAACAAUCAUGACAGGAAGAAUGCAAUGGGGGAUGAUGCUCAGUUUGAGAUGGACAUCUGAUUACCCCAGAGUGUAACCAUGGAGAGGCAGCAAUUCCUGAUACCUGUGCAUACUCGAUUCUGCUAAUCGGAUCAGUAACUGAAAGGUGGAAGAGGCGGCGGUAGCAGCAGUCUCCAUCAGACUCCCCACCUCAUCUUCCAAGUGCCAAAGGAUAAGAAUCUAGCUCCCCAAUCCUGCUCUUCCCCCCCCCACUUUUUAACUCCCAUCUCCCUGCUCUGUGACUGAAUGGAUGCCCUUGUCAAAUUAUACAGAGCUGAGGAACACUCCGAGUGGAACCUUAGCAUCUCGCACUUUAGAGGCACCCUGUCAAACCAUACACAAGCGAGAACGUACCUCCAUCACCAAUUGGAUAUUUAUUGCAAACAGCAAAGGGGCCAGGGACUGGUGGAUUUAUGCUAAGUGGAGAUGGCUUUUUCUGUGUUCCCCUCCCUUCAGCCUGAUCCCAGCUCACAAAGGGCUUAUGUUUGCACAGCAAGUAACCAGUUGUAAUAUGGUGUCUCAAAUACUUUUGAUCACUCGCAUUUUAGAAACUACAAGGAAUAGUGGGAGAACGGGUAAGAGUCUCUGCUCAGUCUGAGUUCCUUUUCCUCAGUGGGCAGAGCACUCACUUGAGUAACUCUGGGGGAACCUGGGUACUAGUCCCACUUGUGACCUUUCUCCAUGACUCUGUGUGCCCUGCAAUGUAACAUGUUCUCUCUUCUGGAGACGCAUAACCUUAAUUCAUUUGCUCUUGUACCUCCUUGCUUUCCAUCCCGCUGACAAACUUUUUGAUGAUACUUCUUAAUGUUAUGUGUAUUUAAUGGAAGCUGUCAGUUCAUUAUA